UUCCGGUUCUGGGUUUCCGGGUGGGCGCCGGCCGGCAGCGAGGGGGGCUGCAGUGGCUGCGGCCGGGGACAGCGCCAUGGAGAAGCUGCGGCGGGUCCUGAGUGGCCAGGAUGACGAGGAGCAGGGCCUCACCUCGCAGGUCCUGGAUGGCUCCUCCCUCAGUUACAGCACCAGACUGAAGUGGUUUGCCAUCUGCUUCGUGUGUGGCGUUGUCUGUUCUAUCCUGGGCACUGGAUUGCUGUUUCUUCCCCAAGGCAUGAAACUUUUCGCAGUGUUUUAUACUCUUGGAAAUAUUUCUGCAUUAGCUAGUACGUGUUUUUUAAUGGGACCCAUGAAGCAACUGAAGAAAAUGUUUGAAACAACAAGACUGCUGGCAACAGUUCUCAUGCUUUUGUGUUUCGUAUUUACCCUGUGCGCUGUUUUUUGGUGGCAUAAGAAGGGAUUGGCCUUGCUGUUCUGUGUACUGCAGUUCUUGUCCAUGACCUGGUACAGUUUAUCAUACAUUCCAUAUGCAAGGGAUGCAGUAAUUAAAUGCUGUUCUUCUUUACUAAGUUGAAAACCAGAAGCUUUUGGAAAAGGACGUUUGAACGUGAAUACUCUGUCCUUGGUGAAGCACGCUCGCCGAUUCAGUAAUGACCACCAGAGCCGUUGCUGUGACCCUUUAAGCCCGCUUGUACACUGGCAAAGGCUGCGUGUGUAAUUAAACUCUUGGAUGCUUGUAACUUUAAA